AUGGAUAAGAAACGUUAUAAUAGCAGAGGACAUAUUUUAACAUGGCAUGUGAAUAACCAGAAAGAAUGUAAUGGUGGACAGGCCGCAGGUGUGAAGCCAUCAGUAAAAAAGUACAGUAACAGACAAAAAAAGAAUACUUUUCUGUUAAAAAAAAUAUUCACCCUUUCCGCAUUGGUGUGGAUGUGUCAAUUUUCUAAUGAGGACUCGUUUGAACAAUGCGGCCACAAGAUAAAACCAAGCGAUGGUAGUAGUGACAUAAUUGAUUCAAGGACCAAGAGAUCCCUGUUGGAAGAUAUUCCGUUCCAAACAUUCAAGGAUGAUUUAACAAAAGACGACAUAACAAAAGAUAAUGUAAUAAAUGAAGACUUAAUGGAUAGUUCUUUAAUGAAUAACGACAUAUUGAAUGAAAACUUAAAAAACAGUUUAUGUGAUGCAACCAAUGAGGCUGCUAACAGGGAAAAAGAGAAAAUUAAAUCCAUUUUAUAUUCGUAUAUGGAAAAAAUUGAUGCCAUGCAUGAAGAUAAAUCCUUUAAUAAAUUGCUUAGAAAAUGCCGAGAAGAAAAUGAUGAAAAUUCUAUGAGUUCUUUUUAG